ACGGUUGAAACGCAGCGGAGCGCUCUGAUUGGUUAAGAGGGAUGAGGGGGCGUGGUCUCGGAAAGGAUUGAGUCGAGGAGGCGGGAAAGGAAAACAAUCCCCGUUUCGCAAGAGGUUCGCCUUCAUGUUGGUACCGCCCCCUUCGGCUCGGAGAGAGGGUCGAGCCGGUGACGUCACUUCCUGAAGGAGAAGUAGAGUGGGACAAUGGAGGACCCCCGAGUCCCCUCAUUGAAUAGGAAGCGUUAGGAAAGGAAGCAGGUACUGCUUUCUGGAUCGAUUGCUCUGGCCAGGGAGUCGUCUGCAGGGUCUACUACAGCAUCCCCAUUGCGUCAGGAAGGGGUCUCUGAGAUAGUCUAAGCUAACCCUUGGAGCAUAUGAAUGGCAGACGUCUCCUGGUCGCCUCAGUAAUUUCGGUCCAGAAUUCCCCCUUCAUUUACCCUUCGUGUCAAAACUGCUUUUCCAAGCUCCUCCUGGAUUUUGAGAGGUAUAGUUGCCUGAAGUGUGGCUGUUCUGGUGACAGCAAGGAAGCAAACUACAGAUAUCGACUGUCUUUGGAAGUAGCUGACACUCAGAGUGUGUUUGAAGUGACAGUAUUCGGAAGCUGUUUAGAUGUUUACUUUGGAGUUACAGCAAAAGGCCUGCAGAGGUACAUUGAAAAACUGUGCCAAGAAGUAGGAGAGUCAGACAAGGAUGCAACUCCAGAUGUGCUGUUCCAUGCAGUUGAAAGCUGUUUCAUUGGAAAGAAAUUUGUCUUCGGAGUUAAGGAUUAUUACAAGCCAGAGAGCACCACAUCCUUGCAAAAUGACUGCCAAACCAACAGGUAUCCCAGAGCUAUCAUUGCUUGUCAAAUGUUCAUACCUAACUCUGGGCUCAUCGGCAAUACAGUUAUCCAUUAUCUUGAGCAGCGCCAAAGUUCUCAUUUCAAGCAGGGACAUGGAAACAUUAAGCCUCCUGAUCUCUUCAUGGCAUUUGACCAAUCAAGUAGUGAACUCAGCAGCUUGCCUGGCUCUAGUGACUUGGGCACGGCUCCAUCAUGUUCUGCAGAUGGUCUUUCAGUUCUCUGGCCCCAGUCAUUUAGGUUGACUUCCUCCCCUGUUUCUUCAGGAACAGCAGAAGAUCCUAUAGAUCUUAUUCUAAGCAGGAAGGCCUAUAGUAGGCAAAAAUGGGAAGAUAAUCCAGUUUCUUUGUCUAGCCAUUUGGUCUACAACUCCCAGGAGCAUAGUUUGACUGCGACUAAGAGAAAUGUACAGGAAGAUAAGAAAAGCCAUUUGUAUUCUAGUCAAAAGAACUGUAUUGCCAUAAAGAGUCAACCAGAAAGUGAUUCCUCCUUAGGAAGAGAAGGUGGUAAAUUGUUACAAAACCCACUAGAAUCAGAGGAAAAGAACAUGUGCAAUGAAAUUAGCAUGCAACACAACUAUUGUCUUAAAAAAUCCUGCACCCAUUUGCUUCAUCAGAGUUAUGACACUUCUCUUUGUUUCCCUGCUUCAUCUUCCAUUCAUCUUCCAUCUAGAGAAGAUGCAAACUCUGAAGAAGCUCCCUGGGUUUGGGAUGAACUGCCAUCCUCUGAAAGCUUAAAUGAAUUCAUUGCCAAAUUUGAAAGCGACAAAGCCUUGGUGUUGCCAACAAAGGUUAAUGGACAGGUACAUUUCCCCAGCCAUGGGGCUGAUGAAUUCCAUGGGCAUUUUAAUCAGUUGUCUCCCAAGCCAGGCAUUUUUCAUGUCAAUUUGAAGACUGGGCAACCAGGUGAGAAGUUGCAGGUACUAGUGGAGAAGGUAGAAAGGCACAAAGAAAAUGUUCUUCCUUGUCACCAGGUUAACUUUUUGUCAUCCUGCAGCAGCCAGGAAUCUCACCAAGAUGCCUUUUACAGUUCUUUAUCCAGUAAUGGAAAGAAAAAAUUGGUGUGCCUAUCCCAUCAACAGCCACUCCUUUUGCCUUCAUCUUCCUUAAUGGAAGUAAAACCUCCUCAUUCAGAAGAAAGUUGUUUGAAAUCUGAGGAAGGAGUUGACCAAGAUAUCAGUAGUUCCAAGAAUUGCCAUUCCAUUUCUUGUUUAAAGUGUUCCAGCAAGUGCCUAGAAAACUCUUGUUUACAAGCCAGAUACACAACAGCCUGUUUAAAUAGUAAAGAUGAUGGCAUGAAGAAAGAAAAAGGAAAUAUUUUUGUUAAUCUAAACCAGAGUACAGAGAUCACAAAAAUUCAGGGAGACAUUUCCACUUCAGGAACCUGUAAAAAAUCCAGUGGUGUUGGUGAACCAAAGGAAGACCUACUCUUUCAGGUUGAUGGAUGCAGUUUUAAAGUGGAUGAUGGCAGCUUUCUGCAGAAGUGCUCUGAUAGCCAUGAGCUUAGUUUCAAUGCUUCAGCUGAUCUCUUUGAUAGUACUAGAGAAACAGAAGCCACUGUGGGAAAAUUAAAUUCAGCCCAGGAAGAUCCACUGACCAAACAGUGUAUAACAUCUGAAUUUACACCAAGAGAGCUAAAUGGUAGCUGGAAUAAAUCCUCUUCAAGCAGCAUGCUCACUAUUUCUGACUCCAAAAGAAACAGUCCAGUUACUGGCUUAAUAUCUGGGUCAGAACACACCCCUUCAGGUUCCCUGGAUUUCAUACCUAAUUCUCAGUCCACUCCCCUUGCUAGGCCUUGUCUACAAGUAAGGCUCCCUAGGGGAAAAGAAUCCAUACUUAGUGAAUUGCCACUGAAUAAAUUGUCUUGGGUUGGAGCCAAAUGUAAAAGACUCCGGCCUGCAUUGGGAAACCCUUCAGUAAAACGACUGGUCAGCAAAUUCUUGCAGUGCAGAAGGACAAGUGAAGCAUCUGAUUGUCAGCAGAUAUGGGCUAAUGAUAGCCCAGCCCAAAGAAUGUCUGAAAAUGUUGAUGAAGAAUGGAUUCCCCCCUCGGAGAAAAAACAAGUACAGCCUCUUGGGAUCCAGAAUGGAAAAGUGUUGAAGAGAAGGAGGAACCUGGUGAGGAACAGUGCUGACUGUCCAGCCGUAGAAAAGGCUACUCUUUCCAAAAACAAAGUAAGGUGUGAGAUCCCAAGGAGUCCCACCAGGUUAAUGAGGGUGGAGUUAUCUCCCAAAAAUCCAACAGUGCUGAGAUUUGAGAGACAUCCCAUGUACAAAGACGAUGCUAGUUGCAGGCAGAUAGUGAAUGGAUCUCCUGGCUUCUCUGCCUUUUCAAAUGUCAAAUCAAACCUGUCUUCCACACCUUGCCCCAUGGCUAACGUUACACACCCCAUGGCUAACGUUACAAGUUGGUCUCUGGAACUGUUCACGGAUAACAGCCAGCUCCUCAGUAUGGAUGCCCUGUUCCCAACGCCAUCUGCUUGAAUGUCAACUUUCCUUGUGUAAAAUGACCUUUUUCUUAAAAUGGUUUUUUGUGCUCAUCAUUCCCAGUCAGGGGAAUGGGGAAGGGCUGAUUUAAUUUAAAAGAGGGAGAGGGUCAAAUAUGAACUGGCCGUUUAUCCUCUCAGCACUUUUAAAUAAUGAAUUCUUUCUACUUGGAUUGAGCAUUACAUAACUACUUCUUAGCAAAUGAAAUAAAAAGUUGAUUCCACC